AUGGCCAAAAGAAUACCCCCGCAAUCACCCUUCAAGGUGCCCAAACGUGAUGACAUUUUUCCAAUGAUGGAUGCUCUGAUUGCCGAGUACGAUAACAUCAUAGACACCAUCGUCCGCACGAAUACCGCCGAGAGCGCGACAUUUGAGACCGUCCUGCGCCCAUGGCUACAUGUAGACAAUGAAACACAGGCUCCGCUAGGCAUGAUUGCAAACUUGCAGUACUGCAGUCCAAGUCUCGAGACGCAAGACACAGUCCGAGAUGCUCUCAAGCGGUAUAAUCAGGCCGUGGCAAAUUGGAGCAGACGAGAGGAUUAUUUUGUGCUGUUACAAGCAGCGCUGGAGAGAGAGCAAGACGAUCCACAUCUGGGUCAAGAGGCCAGGUUUAUACUCGAACAGAAAGUCAAGGACUACAAGCAAUGCGGCUACGGGAUCCUGAGCCAGAGUGGUAUAGAGGACUACCUAAAAGGUCGACUGGAGGUCGUGGAUCUUUGCAGCGAGUACAAACGAAACGUGGCCCAGGAGUCCAGCGGCAUAUGGUUUUCCGAGAAGGAGCUGGACGGUGUGCCCUCCGACGAGCUGGCGAAAUGGAAGACCGACGACAGCACGCCAGAUCAGCACAAGAAGUUCGUGCCGUUUGCCAACGGGGGCGCCCAGACGGUACUCAGGUACGCCCAUGAACCGGAGGUCCGUCGCAAAAUGUACAUUGAAAACGACAAGAAACUCUUGCACAAUGAGCCGAUACUCCUGGACAUUAUGCGCAGACGCCGUUCCCAAGCCAACAAGCUGAAGCUGCCAAACCAUGCGGCAUAUCGCGCUCCCAAUCGUGCAGUCAGGUCAGCUGAGUGGAUUAACAGGUUCUUGGACGACCUCAAGCCUCAGCUAAUUCCAAUUGUCGAAAAGGAAGUAGCUGAAAUACAGGCCGUUCGCCUCGAUGAUCGCAUACGACGCGGCCUGUUACAGGAUGGAGACGAAAAGUCAUUUCCUAGCUGGGAACAGUCAUACUAUCAUACAAUGAUGCAAAAGACCUUGCAAGUUGACGAAGUCUUAAUAUCCGAGUUCUUCCCUUUGGAACACGUCAUGGACGCCAUGCUCGGACUGUUCACGUCCUUUCUCGGCCUACGCUUUGAUCGGGUCUCCGAUAGCGAGCUCAACCCCAAUGUCAAGUGGCACGAAAGCGUCGAGAUCUUUGCCGUGUGGGACGGGCCGGCCCAGGACGAAGCCGCGGGGUUCAUUGGCUACCUCUACAUGGACCUACUGUACCGUGAGCACAAGUACCGCGGCAACCAAAACGUCAACCUCGAGUGCGGGUAUACGAAGGCCGAUGGGACUCGAAAGUACCCCUCGACCAUCCUGUCGUGUGCCCUGCCGACGCCGGCUCCGGGUACCUGCAAGCUGCUCAAACACCGCGAGGUCGCCACUAUUUUCCAUGAACUCGGGCAUGCCAUCCACGACCUUCUCUCCAAGACGGAGUUUGUCAUGUUUCACGGGUCCAACAGAUUACCGGUGGAUGCUGGCGAGAUGCCAAGCAUGUUCUUGGAGAACUUUGUCUGGCUCGAAGAUGUUCUGGCCAAGCUCAGCCGCCAUUACACCACGCUUGAUGCGAAGUACCUCGAGCAAUGGCGCAAGGACAACCCAGGAAAACCCGACCCUCCCAGAUCGAUCCCAGCAGAGUUUGUGCAGGCGCUCUCUCGGAGCCGCUAUUUGAAUGAGGCACAGUUCUAUUGUCAUCAGCUGACGGUAUCCUUGUUCGACAUGAAAUUACACAGCAUGGCUUCGCCCGAGGAGGCCGAAUUGCUUGACGCGAGGAAGCUGUGGUACGGCUACCGAGAAGAACUCGAGGCAAAGAGCUUCGAGGACGUCAAAGGGGGCGGAUCCGACUAUACAACCUUUGCGCACCUCGUUUCUGGGUAUGAUGUCGGCUACUAUGGAUAUUUGGUCUGCGAGGCCUUUGCGCAAGAUAUCUGGCAUUCCCAGUUUGCAAAGAAUCCGUGGGAUCGCGACACGUGGAAUCGCUACCGUCGGAAAUUCUUGGAGUACGGCGGUGCCCAUCCAGAUAAGCUCAAGAUGUUGGAAGACUUUCUAGGUCGAAAGCCAAAUGUUGGUGCUUUAGUUGAAUCAUUGGUGCAAGGCGCUCCAAACUAA